CCAAAUUUGGCAAGUGUGACAACUGAACUGGGCUUAGACACCGUCGUAACACCGGCUAUCCCGUUACGAGCCUAUCUAACUAAUUUACCUAGGAUGGUACCGAAGAUAUGUCAACGUGAAGGUAAACUUGGUAGAUAGCUGUUGACAAUUGGUAUCAAAAAGGCACCUUCCCCUCACGAUUUCAUGCCUCGAUUAUCGUUUCCGGCUACCGACCCCGCAUUAGCCUCAACGAGCCGAUCAACUGGCAUGGAGCAGGUCAAAGUCAAAGAGACAAGGGAUUUGCCGCACCGAACAAUUUGCUUGUGGCUGGUUGUGAAGGUGGCUAGUGCAUGUGGCGGGACCCACAAUAUCAAACGUCCGGGCUUGCAACGACAUUUAUCGUUUCGAUCAUAGUGGGUUUUUACUGGGGAAGAUUCCAUGAAGCUCCUUUGCGCGUGCAAAGAAGAUUACAAACCACGGCGGAAGGUACUAUACCUACCUGCCUGAAGCUUCACACACACGUUUCAAACUUCCGUAGAGUCUUUCAUCGCGGUCACCUGGGGUUGGGAUUAUUUCUGAAUCAACAUUAAUCAGUUCACCCUCGUGUACAAUCAGGCUUUUGCUUCCCAAGCUUGCCUACCUGAGUUGCAUGCGUUUCUCCGAUUCUGCAUUGGCUUCGUCAUUAGACUUAGGUGCCGCCACACGCAGAGAUAGCGAAGCACGAGCACAAACCAUACAUACUCGCCACAACCACGUUUGCGACGACGAAAACUCCUAAGGACGAUCACGAUGUUACUCAGGCAGCGCGUCCCUGCCAGACCUGCCACAUUUCGAGGACUACUCGCUCACGCACCCGCGGGCCACCGCUGUGCUGCUGUUUCCCGGCUAUACACAACAAGGAGCCGAUCCUUGCUUUCGACCUCGAGACCCCGUGGCCCACCAUCCCUCCUUGCCGACGCAGUGCAACUGGAGCUUAGAUCGAGUUUUUCAACGGCACCAUCCCUGAGGAAGAAAAAGAAUGAUGGCUUCUUCGACGCGACUGAGCCGUUGUCCGAAGAGGAGGUAGAGGCAAACUCCGAUAAGGCCAAGUCGUCAAAGGACAUAGAAGAGAAGGACACAAGUGAUGUCAAGACAUCUAGUUCCGAAUCAACACCAAGCUCAGGAGCAAGAUCGGGAAUCGCGGAAUCGCCAGAUGGAAAGGGCUCCAGCGCUGCAGGAGGUGCCUCGGGCGGUGAUGGAUCAGGUGAUGGUGGCAAGAAGGGCCGCAAGUCGGCAGCAGAGAAGGCCCUACAGAAGCCCACAGUUCCUGAGAUCUACCCGCAAGUUAUGGCGAUCCCGAUUGCAAAAAGGCCGCUGUUCCCGGGCUUCUACAAAGCAAUAACCAUCAAGGAUCCAAACGUGGCUGCUGCGAUAACGGAGAUGAUGCGGAGGGGCCAACCUUAUGUGGGAGCUUUUCUGUUCAAGGACGAGAAUGCCGAUUCCGAUGUCAUCCAAAAGCCAGAAGAUGUUUACGAUGUCGGUGUCUUUGCACAGAUAACGAGUGCUUUCCCUGCAACCGGGGAGGGCAAGGGCUCUCUCACGGCAAUCCUCUACCCUCACCGCCGUAUUCGCAUCUCAACCCUUUUACCGCCAGGAGAGGUUGAGAACAAGAAGGUCGACUCCUCCUCAGAUGUCCCUAUCCCGGAGCCCAUACCGUCAAAACCCACAGAAGAGGACUCCGCUCAAGAAAAGAAGGGAGACGUGGUGGCCAGCUUCGAGGAGAGUGCUGUUUCGACAAAAUCAAACGCCCAACAAGAGUACGAGCCGAUAUCAUUCCUGCGCAAAUACCCUGUCAGCCUUGUCAAUGUUGAUAAUCUGGCCGAGGAGCCUCACGAUCCCAAGAGUCCGGUCAUCAGAGCCGUGACAAACGAGAUUGUGGACGUGUUUAAAGAGGUGGCGAACAUGAACAGCCUGUUUAGGGAUCAAAUUUCUACCUUUUCAAUAAGUCAAUCGACAGGAAACGUCACUUCUGACCCUGCUAAGCUGGCCGAUUUUGCCGCUGCGGUAUCGGCAGGCGACCCCGAGGAGCUCCAGGAGGUUUUAGCGAGCUUAAAUGUCGAGGACCGCAUGCAAAAGGCACUUGUGGUUCUCAAAAAGGAGCUCAUGAACGCGCAGUUGCAGUCCAAGAUCUCAAAAGAUGUCGAGAGCAAGAUUUCAAAGCGACAGCGUGAGUACUGGCUCAUGGAGCAGAUGAAGGGCAUCCGUCGCGAACUUGGCAUCGAAUCGGACGGCAAGGACAAGUUGGUAGAAAACUUCAAGGCCAAGGCGGAUGGUUUGGCCAUGCCUGACGAGGUACGCAAGGUCUUCGACGAGGAGCUUAACAAGCUCGCUCAUCUUGAGCCUGCGGCUUCCGAGUUCAAUGUUACUCGCAACUAUCUGGACUGGCUCACGCAAGUUCCAUGGGGGAAGAGAAGCGCAGAAAAUUUCAGCAUUUCAAACGCAGUAAAGGUUUUGGAUGAAGACCACUACGGCUUGAAAGAUGUCAAGGAUCGCAUCCUCGAGUUUAUCGCUGUGGGAAAGCUACGAGGUACUGUGGAGGGAAAGAUUCUCUGCUUUGUCGGCCCUCCCGGUGUAGGCAAGACGAGUAUCGGCAAAUCUAUUGCUCGAGCACUUAACCGCGAAUACUACCGAUUCAGUGUCGGUGGUCUCACAGAUGUUGCUGAGAUCAAAGGUCACCGGAGAACAUACGUCGGUGCUCUCCCUGGCCGUGUGAUCCAGGCUCUGAAGAAGUGCAACACGGAGAACCCGCUCAUUCUCAUUGACGAGAUCGACAAGAUGGGCAGCGGUUACAAGGGCGAUCCUUCCUCCGCCCUGCUUGAGCUUUUGGACCCAGAGCAAAACAGCUCAUUCCUCGAUCAUUAUAUGGAUGUCCCGGUCGACUUAUCCAAGGUCCUGUUCGUCUGCACAGCCAACAUGACGGACACUAUCCCCCGACCUUUACUCGACAGGAUGGAGGUGAUUAGGCUCUCGGGCUACGUUUCUGAUGAGAAGAUGGCCAUCGCCCAACGGUACCUUGCUCCAGCUGCCAAAGAACUUGCUGGAUUGGAAAAGGCAGACGUCAAGUUGAACGACGAUGCCAUUGAGGAGCUCAUCAAGUCGUACUGCAGGGAGUCAGGAGUUCGUAACCUGAAGAAGCAAAUCGAAAAGGUUUACCGCAAGUCAGCGCUGAAGAUAGUGCAAGAUUUGGGCGAAGAGGCCCUGCCAGAAUCAGAGGCUCUGACCGAGGCUGGCAAGGCUGCACUGGAAGAGCAAACAAAAAAGGAGGAAGCAUCCGAGCAGACAAAGGAGAAUACCAAGGAGACCAAGACAAAAUCUGAUGGCCUAUCACCACAAGCUGCUACUGAGAAGCCACGGGUUGCCUUAGAAGUGCCGGAGAGCGUCCACGUUACUAUUGACAAGGAUUCGCUCAAGGACUAUGUGGGACCUCCUAUCUUCACUUCGGACAGGCUGUACGACGUCACGCCUCCUGGUGUGACCAUGGGCUUGGCGUGGACACAGAUGGGAGGCGCUGCCAUGUAUAUUGAAUCGAUACUACAGGCAGCCCUGCGACCGAGCUCGAGGCCUUCAUUUGAAAUCACGGGCAACCUCAAGACGGUGAUGAAGGAGUCGUCCACCAUUGCCUAUUCUUUUGUCAAGGCACACAUGGCGAAGAACUUCCCCGACAACCAUUUCUUUGAGCGUGCGAAAAUCCAUGUGCACGUGCCCGAGGGUGCUGUGCAGAAGGAUGGUCCCUCGGCAGGCAUUACAAUGGCCACUAGUCUACUCUCAUUGGCUCUCGAGACGCCAAUCGAUCCUACUAUUGCCAUGACAGGUGAACUCACCCUGACAGGAAAGGUCCUCCGGAUUGGAGGCCUGAGGGAGAAGACUGUUGCGGCCCGACGAGCUGGUAGCAAGAUGAUUAUAUUCCCCGCAGACAACAUGUCUGACUGGCUUGAGCUUCCAGAGAACAUCAAGGAGGGUAUCGAAGGUCGCCCCGCGAGCUGGUACUCAGAGAUCUUCGAGCUCGUCUUUCCAAACAUGGACAUGACAAAGGCCAACAAGUGCGUGAGCUGCGAGUGGAAGAAGGCCAAUGCCGAUAAGUCGACCACUGACAAGGGUGAAAAGGAUGAGUAACCCCGAAGGCAGUCGAGGACGUGACAAUAGAAAAGGUCUGUAUAAUUGUCGGUAGGGUUCAGGGGCUUGCAUCGAAUGUUACCCAUGUAUAACAGCAGGAGAAGGGGGGAAGCAGUGCGCUUUGAUUCUGCUGAGCGUACGGCUUGCGACCAAUAAGGGUUGCUGGAACAAGGAGGGGAUGUAAGAGCAUAAACACUUGAAUUGCUUCGUUUUUGGCGUUGGGGAGUAACCACUGACGAGGCGAUUGUACUGGAAACACACACUACUCUUCUGUGAAAUAAGGGACUUUUCUCUUUCGUCGUUUUUUUUCUUCUUUUUCUUGUACUAUAUUUGUUUUUAUUGCCCCAGCAUCUGCUGAUAUAGUAUACAGGCAAGAAGCUAGACAUAGCUAUGUGCAAAAGCUGCCCAGUAAUGAAAAGCCAUAAUAGGGGUAUAUUAGGGUGGUUCUGGUAAGGGAACCUUGCCUCAUAGCACGCAAAUGACACGAGGAAGUAAACUAACCCAACCCAGAUCUGCUACACUCUUCUCCACCAGCUCCAUCUGCUCGCCGGGUCAAUAUCAACUGCGUUAAUUACUCAAACCGCCACAGUUCAACCGGAGGCGGAUCAGGAAGGUGGUGGUCAUAGGUUACUGGUCAACGCAGGCCAGGGCUUGCCAAAACCGCGCCAGGCUUGUUCGCCCGCAGCCGUAACCCCCGCGCUUCUGCAUCAUCCACCAUUUCCGCUGCGCGGGUGCGUCGCCUACUGGUAAAUUCCCACCACUGGCAGAGAGUGAGGUCCGACUGGGCCCUCCCGUAGUCUUUCUGUCUCUCUGUCUCUUUGCAGUCAGGGUCGGCGAUCUGCUCAGUAUGAAACUCUACCUCCAUCGUGUGCAACCGAAACUGCCCCAAACUUAGCCGUCAUAUUGGGCAGCAGGACAGAAUAAUGUGAAUGGCACGUGUUUUUGGGCAGCCAUCGGAUCGCAGGUAACUAACUGUAUGACUGGGGCAGGUUAGAUCCGAUAUGACUACCCGGUCUGGUUGAAAGAGGAUCCCAACGAUCCACGGUGUAUAUUAGAAAAGGAAGAAAAUAAUGCAAGCAAACGACGUCAGUCGCUUUUUUCGUCGGUUAUGCGCAUGAGAUAAUCAAACGGUCGUCAGUCAAGUGAUCCAUAUUGAAUAAGCAGUCCGGCCCAACAGGUGCCCAAACACACUUUUUUUUAGUCUUUUGUCUCCCUUGAAACGGCGGAAAUACAGGUAGAAUUGGCAAAAUAAAUGCAGGAGCAGUAACGGAGGAAAAAAUUUGUACAAAACGACCCCACGGCUUGGUCGCGAAAGGCCACAUCAGGAGUUUGUCAGCGUGGGAUCUAAUGUAAAGGGUGUAAA